AAUAGUAAUAAAUUAAAAUGUAAAGUUAAAACAUUAUUGUCAUUGUAUUUAGAUAUACCCAGAGAAACACAAAUGUGUAAUAGAGUAUCAAAUAAAAUCAAUAAUUUAAAUUUUACAUGUCAUAUAUCACCAAAUGAUUUUGUAUUAUUAGUAACACACUGUGGUGGAAGUCCAACAAACUCACAUCAAAGUAUUGAUAAUAGAUCUCAUUUUAUAGUUUUAUAUUUAAAUAAUAAUAUUAUUAAACUCUGCGAUUUUAAUGUUGAUAUUAAAAUGAUCGAAAGAUCAUUCUCAAGCACAUCGUCAUCAUCAUCACCAAUUAAAUCAUCGGGAACCUCACCUAUACUACCAACACUACAAAUAAAUUUUCUAAAGGAAUACAUGGAUAUAUUAGAGUUAAACAACGAGCAGCAAAUCUCCAUUGGAUUAGUCGCAAAAUAUAAUCUUUUACCAAUUGACUCAAUAUAUUUAUCAGUUAGCAAUGAAACUUUAAAAGAACUAAAGCUAGAACUUUCAGAAAUUAAGAAUCUAUUUUCAUUAGAGUGGGCAUAUAAAGGUUUAGAAGAAGAUACACCAAUAGACUAUAAUGGUGGGCAGGUUAAUUUAAUUCAACGUUCUGGGAAAUUAAUAAAAUAUAGUUAUAGAGUUAAUAAACCAAUAAAUAAUAAUAAUAAUGACAUUAUAAAUCAAUUUGGUAUUAUAAAUAAACAAACUAAAUUAAUAUUUAAUGAAAUAAAUAAUAGUAAUAAUAACAAUAUAAAUAGUAGUGUUUUAUUAAAUAAUUUAGAAUCAUUUGAUAAUAGUAAAAAUAAAAUAUUAAAAUUAUUAAAUAUAUAUUUUGGGAAUAAUAAAGAAAGUUUAAAAUAUGAUAGUUUGGGCAUCAGCAAAGCGAGAUCAUUAUUAUUAUAUGGUCCACAGUCAAGCGGUAAAUCAACUAUAAUCAAUGGGUUAGCAAAAUAUUUAGACAUAGGUGUUAUUCAUGUUUGUUUAGCAGAUUUAGUAAAAUAUCAACCAAAUACAAAAGGGUUAUUAUUAAAAUACUACCAAGCCAAAUUUUUAAAGAAAUCAAUUUUACUUAUAGAUAAUAUCGAUGAAAUAUUCCCUCAUUUAGAAUCAAACACUUCAAACAGUAAUAAAAAUAAUAUAAAUUCAUUAAUGUCACUAUUAUUAAAACUAUUAUUAAAUAAUGAUAUUAACGAACAAGAUGAUAGUAAUAAUAAUUAUAACAAUAGUAGUAGUGAUAUUAAUAAUAAUAAUAAAUUAUUUAUAAUUGGUAUAACAAAUAAAAUCAAAUUAUUAAAUAAUAAUAUUAGAAUAAAUUUUGAAGAAGAAGUUAAAAUCGAUCCACCAGGAGAAGAAAAGAGACUAGAGAUAUUUAAUUGGUUUUUAAAGGAUUUUGGUAAAAAUAAAAUAGAAAAGAGAUCAGCUAUAGUAGGAAAGAUUAAUGAUAACUGUAAUGGUUUAAUGGGUGGAGAUAUUUCAAUUUUAUGUAGAAAUGCUAAAAUCAAUUCAUUGAAUCGAUAUAAACAAAUAAACAACAGUGUAGCAAUUGAUAUAGGUGAUAUAGAAUUUCAAGAGAGUGAUUUCAUUUCAGAGUUUGGUCAAUAUCGUAAAGACAAAUCAAUGACAUCGAAAAUAUCACCUUCGAUACCAAAAGUAUCAUGGAACGAUAUUGGUGGUUUAGAAGAUGCAAAGCAAAUAUUAAAAGAAAUGGUGCUUUGGGAUUAUCAAUAUGCAGAUUCAAUAAAAAGACUAGGGGUAAAAACCCACAAAGGUAUUUUAAUGUAUGGCCCACCAGGUACAGGUAAAACUAUGUUGGCACGUGCUGUAGCUCAUGAAGCAAAAGCCAAUUUUAUACCUAUAAAUAUUUCAGAAUUAAUUCAAGGUGAAAUUGGUGAAUCUGAAAAAGCAAUAUCCGAAAUUUUUAGAAUAGCAUCCAACUGUGCACCAUCAAUUAUUUUUAUAGAUGAAAUUCAAGCGAUCUUUGGUCUUAAAGAGUCUUCAGGUAGUAAUAGUAAAAAAUUAAUUUCACAACUUUUGAUAGAACUCGAUCAAACUAUAGGUAGAGAUUCAAUAGAAAAAAGAAUUAUGAUUUUAGCUGCUACCAAUAUGCCCCAAGCAAUCGACCCAUCUUUUCUUCGUGUUGGAAGAUUCGAUAAAACUGUUUAUAUAGGACCACCAGAACCAAAAGAAAGAAAACAAAUUUUAGAACAUGUUAUUAAAUCUUCAUCUAUCAAAAUAAGUAAUGACGUAGAUUUAGAUGUUAUUGCAGAAAAAGCUAAAAACUAUACUGGAUCAGAUAUCAAUGCAUUAUUAAAAAAAUCUGGUCUUUAUUCAAUCCAGCGUGAUAUAAAUACAACUUCGAUCUCGAUGGAUGAUAUAUUAAAAGUUUUAUCAGAAAUGGAACCAUCCGUUUCACUAUUUCAAUUAGAAUUAUUAAAAAAUUGGGAAAACAAUAAAAAA